CUUGCUAGUCAGGCACUUUACCAUUUGAGCUACUCCACAAGCCCUAAAAUGGUAAAUUUUAUAUUGUGUACAUGUUAACACAAUUUUUAAUGACAUCAUAUAAGGGUCCAACAGCAGAGUUCUCUGCAUUUUAGCAGCGAUGUCCCUGUGGAUAAAACUACUCAGUGCCUUCUGGGUGAGCUAUUAAGCCAGUGAUGAAGCCAGCUCUCUGUGGUGCCAUUCAGGUUACAUUCAGUUUUAACCUUGUCAUGAGAAUAUAGUAAGACUCGUUAAAAUUCAGACAUGCUAUUUUUGUGGCAUUUUCUUUUUUUUUUUUAAUUAGGAUAUAUUCGUUUACAGGGGGGAUUCAUUGUGACAAUUCCAAAUAGGCUUAUAUUAUAUAUUGGUUAGAUCUUUUGUGACAGUUUCUUUUAUUACCUGUUUAGUUUUGAGCCUGUGGGUCCCUUGUAGCCAGGGGCAGUCCCUGGAUGCGUUCCUCAGUGCUCACAAUCUGCUUAUAAAUGAUGUGUGGAGAACACUGCAGGGCUGGUGGCCUCGGAGGUGCAGUUUACAGAUUCUGCUCUUGGCUGGUUCUCUGUUCUCCACAUGGGGACAGGCUUUUCCAAUCCGUCUGUGUCUCUCUCUGUCUCUGUCUUUCUCUUACACAUCUUCAAUUUUCUCCAAUUUUACAGAGUAUUGGUACCAGUUCCCUUUCACAACCCCAGUUUUCUUUAUGACUCUGAGACACAUUUGUCCUCAUCUACAAUCUAGAGCUCAUUUAAGCAGCAGGAGUUAGGCUUGUGGCUCAGUAGUAGAGUGCUUGCCUAGCAUGUGCAAGGUUCGAUCACCAGCAUAGGAGAUAAUAGAAAAGAGCAGCAAGACUGUAUUUGACUUCAGACCCUCUCCCCCAAUCUGCCUCUUACCCAACAGCUGGUGGGAUCAUCUAAAUCCCCAAGGCAAGGUGUCACUCUUUGGCGUGUUCAUCACACAGUCCCUGAGUAAGCCAUCACACAGUUACCUUGGCAUAUGAGGCCAUUCAUGGUUGGUAGACCACCUGAGUCAGUACAGCUUCAUUCCCCAGCAUGCCCCUUGUCACACGUUAUUUUCCAGUAGGGCUGAGUGGCUAGUGAUUCCCUGAAGGAACCAUGCUAUCUCAUGCCUCUUCCUUUCUGUCCGUUUUCCACCAUCAUGCUUGGAUCUCACCCAGGGCGGCUCUUCCUUCCUCAAGACUUUCUAGGAGUCACCCUCUGGAGAAUCUUGGCCAGGCAACACUGUCCUUUCCUCCAAGUUCCCAUUGCACCUGUCUAUAGUAACCUUACUGAGAUGCAUAACCUGUUGGGUCUUUCUAGCUUGAAGACUGUUUUGGAGCAGCUGUUGUGCACUUUGGGAUAAAUACCUCUGAGGGGAAUUACUGAGGCAUGGGACCAGGCAGGGUGGUCUCCAGCAGGCCUGCUGAACAGUUUUCCAUGUGGAAAGUGGUCCUACGCCUAUGUUCCCAUCAGCAGUUGAGUGUUCUCAAGGUUUCACAUCCUCACAAACACUUUAUGUUUUCCAUCUUCUUCAUGUUAGCCAUUCUAGUUGGGUGUGUAAUGAUAGCACAUUGUGGUUUUAAUUUGCAUUUUCUUUGUGACUAAUGAAAUCAAACACCUCUUCAUAUGUUUCGUGGCCAUUUGGACACCCUCUUUUUGCAAAGUGUCUGUUUGAGUUUUUUGCCCGUGUUUCUCUAGGGUUAUGCUUUGUACUGUUGUUGCUGCUCCUAUGAACAAUGUUGUGUGAUAAUUACUCCGGCCUGUCUCCCCUCUGACCAUGAACUCCAUGGGAUUUCUGGACCCCCCAGUGCCUAGUAAAGUCCCUCAAAGUCAUAGACCCUCAAUAUAUAUCUUCCGUUAACUGAAUAGACCAUACUUUGAGCAGGGAAACCCUUCUCCUUGAGGGAAAUGAAGGCAGACCAGUGUGGGGCCCUGCUUUCUCACAGGCAUCCAUGACUGUUCCAGGCUCACCCCUCCUGGCUGGCUAUGAAAAUCACUUUUUUGGCCCUUUUUGAUGUCUUUAGAGCUUCCCCGAGCCCCACUUUGUCACAGUUCCAUGCUUACUUUUUUGUGUUCAUUCUUAUUUGGGGGCCUCACUUCCAUCUCUAUGUAGGCCAAAGAAGUCACUUUGGCCUCUUUACAUUCCUUGCUUCCCUCCCCUGUGUCACUCUGUGACUGCACCGUCAGUUUUAAUUUUCAGUUUUCUUUCCCAAUAAAGCCAUCCACUCUGAUUCCCAACCUCUUGAAAAUCUGCUUCCUCAAAAUCUGUGACUCGUGCCUGACUAUGUCUACUGUUUCCUUACACCAUGUCCCCAGAUUGUGACGUGGAGUGGCCAUUUUCUCCCCAUUUUCCUCUCACUUCUGUUUUAUAACCUUUGUGUUGUUAUUGGUGAGAAUUUAAGAGAGAAGAGUAGUUUUCUGUGAGCCUUCCAAGAGAUGAGAGGAUCAGGGGGCAAGGAUUAGUGUAAGGGCCUGGUUUUAACCUAGUGAGCCUCCCAGCUGCUGCUAUCCAGCUGAAGCCCCCCGCUGUCCUAGACCUUGGGUCUAGGUCAACUUUAUAAACCAUGUGAGUAAAGCAGCACCCAGACCUCAGUUCCUAUGUGCUUCUCUCUUCUUUUGCCUUCCUUCCAACUUCCUUUCAUUCACUCAUUCACUCAGCACAAGUGCCAGGCACUCUUCUGAGCCCUCGUGGAGCUUACAUUCUAAAGGGGCUAUAAGUGAGAGACAGAGAGCAAGCACAAUACAAAAGUAAAAUGUGUAGCGUGUCAGUUGUGGAAAAAAAUGAGGCAGGUUGUGUCACAUGUGGGACUUGCCAGGAGUCCUAAUUAAGAAUGUAACAUAAAGACUGGAAAGUGGAGAGUGAGCCAAGCAGACAUCUAGGAAAAGAACUCUCCAGGCAGAGGAAGAGCAAGUGCAAAGGUCCUGAGACAGGAGUGUCUGGUGUGCUGCUGUGAUCGUUCUAGUCUUCGGAAUGAAGCAACUUCCAUUCCAGCAUCAGCGAAGCUCAGUACUUAAAAUGAAGGACAAUGAAUUACUUACCUUUGAAUCUGUAAAGAAAUCCAGAAAAGUUUUUUUGUGUUCAUAUUCACCAGAAAAGAAGGGAUUUUAUCAGGUUACACAACUUCAAAGGGCCCUUCCACCUCUGAAUUGUUCUUAUUAUCUUAGAUGCUUGCUAGCUUUCUUUUCAGAUUUUCCUUCUGGACUUUUCUGGACACACAUGGUCCAAUGUCUUGUGGUUGUGUGGCUUGACCUCUGUCAGGGUGUGGAGCCUAGACCAGAUGUGUACGUUCCAGACACUAAUGAUAUAAAAUGAAUUACCCCAAAAUGUAGUAGUAAAAGAUGUGGACCAUUUUAUUACGUUCUGGGUUCUGUGGGUCAGGAAUUCGGGCCAGCCAUGAUGGCUUGUGUAGUACAGUGAUGCCUGGGACCUCAGCUAGGAAGACGCAAACAGCUGGGGACCAGAACUGCAAACUCGUGUGCCUGCAGCAGCCUCACCAUGUGUCUUGGGCUUCCUCACAUCAUGGUGCUCUCCAGGAAGAUAGAUUUCUUACACCAUGGCUCAAAACUCCAAGAACAAAGGAGACAGUCACUUCAGUGCUGGUCAUGACCCAGCCUUGGAAGCCACAUUUUGUCCCUUCUACUGUGAUCCAUGGGUUGACGCAGUCAUCAACCCACCUAAGUUUAGGAGGAGGGGAAAGGCUGGGAUGUAAAAAGGUGUGGGAUGGGCCGUGCUGUCGUGGCCACCUGUGGGAGUUCCAGUCUUAUGAUGUAUGUGCCUUCUAUUUCCCUAGGGAAGAUGUCUCACUUUAUAUUGUCACUGGGCUUCUGUGGGUCCUCAGAUGUCCGGGUUGCACCUGGCAGGAUCAGCUCCCACUGUGAGAUGGUUGCAGAGGUGUCUCUUGCUCUCUCACUCUGCCACGGAGCCUCCUGGAUGAAGGAAGAGGGAGGGGCAGUGGAGGAGUUGGGUGGAGGGAACACAGCUCUGGUACCAGAGUCUUAUCCCCUGAGGGUGUGGCGUAGAAGACCUGUAGGUUUGUUAGAGCAGAAGCCCACAGAGCUGCACCCAGUGCUAGGUCCACGGCAGACCUCGUGGGUGGGUGGAGAGCAGGGCCUGCGUGGGAGUUACUGUGUGUUCCUGCCCUUCUCUCAAAGUGAAGGAGGCUGAGCCAGCCUUGGCAGUGAGGAUGGCUUCAGGGCCCACAGGGCUACUCCACAGCAUGGGUGCUGACACCCCAGCCCCACACAUUACUUGUGUGCCUGUGGUGAUGCUGGUGUGUACAGAGCUACUCCACUGCCAGUCGUUUGAAGGAGAGCAUGUGUAAUCAUGACAGUGCAGAGAGUUUGAUAAUGACAACAAAUGACGACGCCUCUGGUUUAUAUAUCAGCUAUACUUUUUAUGGUUGUUUUGUAGUGCACUCCUUCUACUUAUAAGUUUACCAUAAGGCAGUACACCACAUCAUACCAACAGCAGCCUCCUACAUAAAAUCUCCUGUUUAUGUACACUCUGGGAUGUCCACACAAGGACCAAAUUGCCUAAUGACACAUUUUGCAGACUCUAUCCCUCUUGUUAAGUAACACAUGACUGCAUUUAGGAAGGAUAUGUCACCAUGUCUGUAACCCGCAUCUUACUAAAGUGUGUAUGUGUGUGUGUGUGUCUGCCAUGAGAAACAGGUUUGCCCAGCUGGGAAAAAAGAUGAAGGGAAUAAAGCUUCAAAGUGUCCUCCCUCCCUUCCUCCCUUCCUCCCUUCCUUCCUUCCUUCCUUCCUGACAGGGCCCCCAGCCUGCCUCUGGCCCUGCCUCUGUAGGGUACAUGCUGGGCUUGUCCACAGCCUAAAUGAGUGAGGUCACCAGCCCAGCAGUCUGACAGGGUCUAUCUUCUCAGGCCUGGGGCAUCCAGGUGACCAAGGAGAUGACACGGAGGUUGUGUCUGUGGGUAGAGUGAGAGGAGGCAUGGGUGGGGUUGAAGGGCCCUCUGGGGCCAGUGGUGUCUUUCUGGCUGGGGUCAGGCAGGCAGAUGGGGGCAGGGUGUGGCUUCCUGUGGAGCCCAUGAGAUGAGAAGGGCUGGAGGUCCUGGGCUUACUGGGUGAAUCUUCAGCCCCAGCCCAAGCCUGCUGGGGGAGACCCUCUACUGGAAAUCCUCAAAGCAGUAAACAUGCCUGGGGAGGUUCCCACACAUAACCCCUCCCAGAGGGUUGUCUAGGCAUGGGGGAGGGUCCUUCUGUCUCCCUUGUCUUAACUGCCAACACAUCAGUACCUGUGUUGAUGCAAAUGCAGCAGGACGGAUGGAGGCCAUGGGUGGACUGGCUGGCCGAUAGGAACAGGUUGCUAUCUCUGGGCCCCAGGCACUGGAAAUGGAGCAUCAGGAGGUUCCCUGGGGGCCCCUGGCCUUGCUCCUUUCGGGAUCCUCGAGCUGCAGGGCCUCAGGCUGCCGAGCCUUGGGCUGCCCUGCCACAUCCUGUCCCCCACGGGCUGCUCUCGAAGCACAGGCCAGAUGUGCAAAUUCUGUGGCUGUGCCCUGGGUGAGUGAGGCACAGCUUGCUUUUCUUGGAAAUCAUCAGUGAUUUGUUAGAAAAACAGGAAACAUUGGGGCUGCUGGUGUGCAUCUUGACAUUUUGUUUUUGUUUUUGAGCUCCUUCAUCUGUCUUCUGCACAGGUCUUUUGGAAGCUUCUUUUGCUCAGCCCAGUCUUGCCAGCCUCCAGCCAUUCCCUACGUCUCCAGACAGUGCAGCCUCUUUUCCCUCUCCCUCUUGGCCUCUACUGCCUUCUCCCCGAGCCCCAGGCACUGCUGUGGGGAGGGCCAUUGGAUGUAGCCAUGGAAACACGAUGAUGGACAUGGGUUGGGCACGUUUGGAGCCUGGUUGGUGUCCCUGCAUCUGUCUCCCGCCUCUGCCCCAGCCCCACCCCGUAACCAUGCUUGGCCUGGAGGCAAAGUAGCCUCUGCUCACAGGAACCCGCUGCAGCCAUGGCAGCUUGAGUGGCUCCCAUCAUCCUGACAUGCCCCCACCCAAUGUGUCAUGGCCAUGGGGAGAAGCCCUGCAUUCCUUCUGGGUCAGAUGGGAGCUGGAGAAGCCCUGAGAUAUCACUUUGCCCUUGGGGACAUGAGGCUGAGAGAAGAAGGAGACUCUCCAAGGACCCCAAGUUGGAUGCCUUGAAUAAAGACAAGGAACUGGAAGAACAGGCCAUCUAGGUCCAAACACUGGUCCUAUCCAAAACAACUUCCUCCUGGCUGUGUCUCAGAAAUACAGCAGGUAGGAGUUGGGAACAGUGGUCAUUUUAUGUGUUGGAUCUUCAGAAAAGUGCCAGACUGUAUGUGCCGCUGGUUCCUGAACCCACCUGUAGAGUUUCUCUGGGUCUCACUGUGUCAGGGCUGAACCCUGGGGAUGGUGGUGAUUGGCUUUUUGUUGUAGGUCCCCACCCCUAACAGGCCAUUAUGGAGAGUUCCAUCUCUCACUCUAUGACUGACGAAACCAAGGUCCAGAGAGGUUAUGUGGCUUCACCCAUUGUUCCCCACUCCCCAAGCAGGGCGCAGGUGGUGAGAAAGGCAGUGGUCCCGAGCAGAAGAGGUUGUGCCACAGCCCAGCUGCUUGUCUUGUGGCCCCUCCCUGCUGAACUCUGCCCUGGCUUCCCAUCCAUUGGUGGGGCUUGGCACCACACCUUCACCUGGGCUCCCUCUGCCAGAGGAGCCAGGCUUAGGAACUGCCCUUCUGAAGUCAUACAAGAAGUCUGAUAUGAGAGAUUAGAAACUCCCUGCACCACUCUGUGGCUGUUGUUUUGAAAAGUAAUUAACUGUCCAGAAAGACAGGAGGUAUGAGACUAUGCCGAGGCUGGGACUGGCAGGAGAACUGGGAGAGCUCCUCAGAGAGAAGCAAAUUGAGGAACUCUGGGCUAGGGAAGGAGAGUAGCAGGAAGGGUGACUGCUUCUCCCAGCAGGACACAGUGAGCAUCAACAGGUGACAACAGGUCCCAAGAGAGGGAGGGUCCUCCCUGUCUUCCAGCUCACAUUCCCAUUCCUUGAUGUUGUAUGGUCUUAGGGAAGCAAAUUCUCACCCAGGGCCAUGAACUUGGUUGGAGACCAUGUGACAUCAUUAUUUUCACUCACUGCUAACUGAAGUUUAGCGUUUCCUUCCAUUAUGAAUGUAGGCAACGAGCCACAGUCAUAUCAGUAGCACCCGUGACUUUGUCACCAACAGAAAUCCAGAUGUGUUUGUGUCAUUUCACAGAUACCUCAAUAUGCUUUUUAAUACUUCAAAGUGAUUGUAGUAAUUGGACUCAUUGCUGAAUUUUGAUAUUUACUGUGUUAAACAGAAGGACAUAUAUAACCACUUUGUAAGUCUGAUUAUUUAAUAGUUUUAACAAUUAUACUUGUUUUCUUUUUUCUUUUUUGGCAGUACUGGGGAUUAAACUCAGAGUUUUGUGUUUGCUACGCGAACUCUCUACCACGCAAUGACUCAGGAUGCAGCCAGGGUCCACGACAUGCACGGAGGACCGCAUCCAGCAUGCUUUGGAGCGCUGCUUGCAUGGACUCAGCCUCGGCCUCCGCUCCACUUCCCGGUCAGCUGGUCUGUGUCUGAACUGCUGGAGCCUGCAGGAGCUGGUCAGCAGAGACCCGGGCCACUUCCUCAUUCUCCUGGAGCAGAUCCUGCAGAAGACCCGCCAGGUCCAAGAGAAGGGCACUUAUGACCUCCUUGCCCCGCUGGCUCUCCUCUUCUAUUCCACUGUCCUCUGUACUCCACACUUCCCACCAGACUCAGAUCUCCUUCUGAAGGCAGCCAGCACCUACCACUGCUUCCUGACAUGGCCUGUUCCUUACUGCAGCAUCUGCCAGGAACUGCUCACCUUCAUCGAUGCAGAACUCAAGGCUCCAGGAAUCUCCUACCAGCGGCUAGUGAGGGCGGAGCAGGGUCUACCCACCAGGACUCACCGUAGUUCCACCGUCACUGUGCUGUUGCUGAACCCAGUGGAGGUGCAGGCCGAGUUUCUCGCUGUGGCUGACAAGCUGAGCACACCAGGGCACUCGCCUCACAGUGCUUACACCACCCUGCUCCUGCAUGCCUUCCAGGCCACCUUCGGGGCCCACUGCGACCUUCCCAGCCUGCACCACAGGCUGCAGUCCAAGACUCUGGCAGAGCUCGAGGACAUCUUCACGGAGACCGCAGAAGCCCAGGAGCUGGCAUCUGGCAUUGGGGAUGCAGCUGAGGCCCGGCAAUGGCUCAGGACCAAGCUGCAGGCUGUGGGAGAAAAAGCCGGCUUCGCUGGGAUUGUAGCAGAGUGGCCUCCUGCCAGUCCUUUCCCAGCUCCUUUCUCCUGCUACCCUGCUCUUACAGACACUGCAAAACCCGGGAAGCUCCACACUAUUCCCAUCCCUGUCGCCAGGUGCUACACCUACAGCUGGAACCAGGACAGCUUUGACAUCCUCCAGGAAAUCCUACUCAAGGAACAAGAGCUACUGCAUCCAGGGAUCCUGGGGGAUGGUGAAGAGGAGGAAGAGGAGGACGAGGAGGACGAGGAGGACGACUUGGAAACUGAUGGACACUGUGCUGAGAGGGACUCACUGCUUUCCACAAGCUCUUUGGUAUCUGGAGACUCCACCCUGUCGCUUGCCUCCUCCCAGGCCUCAGGGCCAGCACUGUCCCGCCAGCUGCUGACCUCUUUCGUCUCACGCCUCUCGGAUGGCAUGGACAGUGGCUACGUGGAGGAUAGUGAGGAGAGCUCCUCUGAGUGGCCAAAAAGGAAUGGCAGCCAGGAACGUCGGGGCCACCGCAGACCAGGGCAGAAGUUCAACAGGAUCUAUAAACUUUUCAAGAGUACCAGCCAGCUGGUAAUGCGCAAGGAGUCUCGGGGCCAGGAGGGCAACUCGGACACAACCCUGCCACUGAGGCGGGCAGGGAGCCUCUGCAGCCCCCUGGACUAUUCGGCACAACUUCCCUCUCGGGCCCAGCGCUCACACUCCCUGCCCCAGCCCAGCAGCACCCAGCUGCCCGGUUGGCUUCUGACCCCUGCCUCACGCCAUCAGCGCCGCCGUCCUUUCCUGAGUGGGGAUGAAGACCCCAAGGCUUCCACACUACGGGUGGUGGUCUUUGGUUCUGAUCGGAUCUCAGGGAAGGUGGCUCGGGCAUACAGCAACCUCCGGAGACUGGAGAACAAUCGCCCUCUGCUCACAAGGUUCUUCAAGCUUCAGUUCUUUUACGUGCCUGUGAAGCGAAGCCAUGGGACCAGUGCCAGCCCAUCCCCUCCGAGGCAGCCAUCUCCCCUCCCCACAGACUCUCCAAGGCACCCCUGCCCUGCAGAGCUGGGCAAGGUGCUGUGGGAGGACAGUACCAAUGACAUCUCCCACUACCUCGGCAUGCUUGACCCCUGGUACGAGCGCAACGUGUUGGGUCUCAUGCAUUUGCCCCCUGAAGUCCUGUGCCAGGUUUUCUCUCACCUUCUCUCUCUUCCUGGUUCUGUUGCCUCCAAACCUCUUCUCUCUGCCUCUGUGUGUGUCUUGCCUCCCUUCCUCUCACGGCCUUUGGCUCUCUGUCCUCCUAUCUCUCUGGCUUGGCUCCCUUAUGGACCACAGCAAUCCCUAAAGGCUGAAUCCCGGCCCCUGGAAGGCUCCCCGGUCCAGCUGCCCAUCCUGGCUGACAUGCUACUCUACUACUGCCGCUUUGCCGCCCGGCCAGUGCUAUUACAAGUCUAUCAGACAGAGCUGACCUUUGUUGAUGGGGAGAAGACGACUGAGAUCUUCAUUCACUCCCUGGAGCUGGGUCACUCUGCUGCCACACGAGCUAUCAAGGCUUCUGGUCCUGGCAGCAAGCGGCUGGGCAUUGAUGGUGACAGUGAGGCCGUCCCUCUAACACUACAGAUUAUUUACAGCAAGGGGUCCAUCAGUGGACGAAGCCGCUGGUGCAGCCUGGAGAAAGUUUGUACCUCUGUCAACCUCAACAAGGCCUGCCAGAAGCAGGAGGAGCUAGACUCUAGCACGGAGGCCCUGACGCUAACCUUGACAGAAGUGGUGAAAAGGCAAAACCCCAAAUCCAAGAAGGGCUUUAACCAGAUUAGCACAUCACAGAUCAAAGUGGACAAGGUACAGAUCAUUGGCUCCAAUGGCUGUCCCUUUGCGGUAUGUCUGGACCAGGAUGAGAGAAAGAUCCUCCAGAGUGUGGUCAGGUGUGAGGUGUCACCCUGCUACAAGCCAGAGAAGAGUGGACUACCUCCCCAGAGACUUCUGGACCCACCAGCCCAGGCUGUGCCUGACCUCUGCUCCCUGCUCUGCCUGCCCAUUAUGACUUUCAGCGGAGCUCUGCCCUAGCAUGGUCCUGGCGCCAGACUGGACAGGAAGUGCUUUGCAGCUUCCUCUGGACCCCUCUCUGGGACAGUCUCUCUGUGGAGAACUGAGCAGCCCUGUGGAGGGUCAGUUUCCCGUCUUUGGGCCCUCCAGCAGGCUCAGGGCAUAGUGGUGGGUUUUUCUGGGGCCUCCAGGGUCUAGGGAGGAAACAGAUAUUAGGGAGACAGGAGUCUGAACACUUGGCCUCUCGGGUUCUUCACAGCAGAAGAAGCUGUAACUGGGGAGUUGACCUGCAAAGCAAGGUUUGACGCUCUGGUGCUCUUGCUGUGGGUUAGGCUUCCUAUUGGCUGGGUGCAGGUGCCCACACACAUACUUUCUCCUCUCAAGUUCCCUGGUCCUCUGAAAAACAGCACUAAUAUUUGACCUGCUGUUGCCAGAAACUGUUACAUAUUCUCUCUUGAGCUUCUUUCUGGGUCUGAGGUGCUGGGGGAAACAGGACAGACUUGCGUGCAAUAGCAGCUCAGUUACCUUCUAGCUAAAUGACCAGAGAAAGUUCAUGAACUUUUUUGAGCCUCCAUUUCCUCAGCACUAAAACUGGAGGGAAUAAGCCUUCCUUAAAGGGUUGAAAAGAGCACUUUGCUCAGCACCUGAUGCUCGGGAAAGAUUGGGACCUUGCUCUCUCAAUGCUGAUUCCCUGUCUUUGGCCACAGGGACACUCUCACUGCCUCUGGAAUGCUCCUCAUUUACUUCUUCCCAGUCCACAAUAGGGACUGAACCCAGACUGAGGGGGUAAAGAGCCAUCAAUUGUACCUUCCAAAGGACUUGCCUUUGUCAAGGUCAAGGGAGGGCUGCUUGAGUGUCCACCUUCACCUCGUUCUCUUUCAGGCUUGUCCCAGUGUACCCCACUCCCACCUCCCUCUGUGCACCAUUGUGUGUAGAAUCUUCCACCGCCUAAGUUUACUGGCACCAUUCCAGCACCUGGGCAAGACCCCAGAGGGUUAGACGAGGGAGGGACUGGCCUCACAAGCUUAGUGCUAUAGGACUUAUGUGUAGGAAAUAGCACAUGAUAGAACAUGAGUACCUAAAAUUUAAGCCCAGCAGGUUGGCUUGGUUUGAGGAGCUGACACAAAUAUGGCCAGGGUGACAGGUUGAAGGGCUAGACAAGACUUGGACUGAUACAGGUGGAAAAAAAUAACUGUGGAAGCAUAGCAUUAUGUCCUGCACAGAGUCCCCUCCUGUCCUCCUCCUGGUUCCUCCUGCUCCGUGACUCAUGACUUGAGAGAAGUCAAAAGAACCUCUGUGUCACCAUUUCCCCUGUGGGUAUUGUGGGAAGGGUGUCUGGAAGAACAGAUGGCCAUGUAGCUUUAACACUUUUUUUUUUUUUUUGCGGUAUCAGGGUAGAAUUGAUGCAUGUAAUUUAAUGUUAUUGUCAAAUAAACUUCACUUGUCUUGUAUUUCAUGCCCUACACUUGUUUUGCUGCACAGCAGUUGACCACUAUUUGAACAGUUAAUACAUCAUUUCAUACAUAACAGAACAAAGACUCUGGAGAGUUGUUUUGUUUCUCUUUUUGCAAUUUUUUACUCUAUAGAAAAUAUAUUUAUGGUAAAAAUUUUCCCUGAUACUGUUCUAGACAAUUAAACAGUUGGGAUUCCCCAUACCACUCCACUUGAAAAAUAUAAGCCAAUAUAUAUCAGAACCCCAAGCCACAGGGCAAGGUGGGCCUGAGCCUAUUGUCAGUGAUGGGUGGUACAGAAAACCCUGGACUGAGAGGAAGGGAAGGGACUCAAUAGUGGGCCUCCAAACCCCAGAUUGACAUUAGCCUUGGGUUACUCGGAGGGAAAGAAGAGGAGGUGCCGGGAUAGUGGGCACCUGUGACUGGGGAGGGGUAGUAAGCACCAGGAUCCCAGAGCUGCUGGUUGGGAUGGAGGGAGGAGGAACUGUGGGGUGCUGCACCCUACAUCAGCCAGCUCUUUUCAACAAUGAAGCAUACCUAAGACUCUCUGGAUUAAAAUUGAGCAUUCAGCCUUGUCCUUGCAGCUACGGGGUGUCUAGAGCUCCCCAAUCUAGGGUGGGCUUAGGAGGAUUGGUUCCAGGCUGCAGGUUGGGUCUAGAGCUUCCCUGUGGGUUUCCCAGUCACCUUGGCCUGACGUGCUGGAACAAGACAAAAUGCCUACAAGGGCUGAGUCUGGGAUUUGAGCAGUAUCUCUUCUAUCAAUACUCAACUGGGAAAAAUCUGUGAAGCACAUCAACCCACAGGGCACAGAAAAAUCCCACAAGAAGGGUACUUCACCUCCGAUGCUCUUUCCAGGGCCCUGUAACAUUAGUCAAAUCCUGAGAAAAAUAGCAGACAUCCUGAGACGUUCUACAGGAUGAUCUGGCCAGUAGGAAAAGACUAAAGAACUCACAAACCCAAGGAGAGUGGGUAAACCUGAAAACCAAAUACAAUAUGGAAACUAGGAUUGCAUCUUGAAACAGAAAGAAGUCAUUCAUUAAUGAGAAAAAUGGUGAAAUACCAAUAAAGUAUGCAGUUUAAGUUUUUUAACACACAUACACACUCCUCCUUACCAAAUUCCUAAAGAAGAAUGUAAUAAAAUUUUAAGA